GUAACUCGCUACCUCUCUUCCUCUCUCCCUCAUUUAGUGAUCGACUCUUGGGGCCGUUUGCCCGCGGGCAUGCUCUAUGGCAAUCUAAAGGAUCUGGGCAACUUUGAUGAGUGCAUCAGGGUGAAUCAGCUGGUGGCAAGCACGGGCCACAGUCUGCGCGGCAAAUACUGCAUGGCCAAAUUGUUGUCCGGCAACAUGUUGGCCGGCAAUGCCGGCGCCCUGGGCAUGCUGGGCGUGCAGACGGCGAUUUGCCUGCCCGCCAGCUGCACGGGCGAGCACAUGGAGACGCUGCUCCGACAGCUUUUCAAGCAGCUGCUCAACAUUGAACUGAGCACCGACACGCAGCUGAUCAAUGCCGCCAGCUGCCAGACCGCGGAGCGUGAGUCGCUCGAUGGUCUGGCCAUAUUUACCAUCCAGCUAAUGCAUAUGUACUUACAGCGUGCUCAUGUGUGUCUUGGUCGCUGCCUGCUGCUGGCCACGCUCUACGAUUACUUCCUGUGCGCGGAUCAGAAGCAUUUGCCCGCCUUGGUCAAGGUGUUUUCGGCACGUGCCAAUUCGCGCGCGCUCUUCCGCAUUGUGGACAGCAAAACGAAUCCGAAUGUCAUCGACUGUCUGCACGGCAUACGCUGCCUCUCGCUUAUCUGGGUGAUUUACGGCCAUGACUAUAUCAUUCAAGGCCUAUCGCCCAAUAUUAAUCUGGUGGAUGUCAUACCGUGGUAUCGAUCGCCCUUCAGCAUGUUCAUUAUCCAUGGCCUCUUCUCCGUGGACACCUUCUUCUUCCUCAGCGGCCUGCUUGUCGUUAUGGUUGCUCUGCGCUCCAUGGAAAGAACCAAGGGCAAGCUGAAUGUGCCGCUAAUGUAUCUGCAUCGUUAUCUGCGCCUCACGCCUGUCGUCGCCUUCGCAAUACUGUGCUACAUGAGAAUCCUGCCCCUCCUGGGCGCCGGUCCGCUCUAUAAGGGCCUGGUUAGUCAACUCUCGGCGCCCUGCGAGGACAACUGGUUCUGGACCCUGCUCUAUGUGCAAAACUAUGCCACCAACACUGUGUGCCUGCCCCACAGCUGGUAUCUGGGCGUGGACAUGCAGCUGUAUAUCAUAUCGCCCCUGUUGCUGAUUGCGCUCUACAAGUGCAAAAAGGCCAUUGCCGGCAUUGUGGUGCUCAUGCUGCUGUUGGCUGCAUGCCUCUUCAGCAUGAUGGUAGUCAGGGGCUACAGCUUAUCUUCUGGGGGCAUGUCCGAUGAAAUAUACUUUACAACGCACACACGCGCCUCGCCCUGGAUAAUUGGCCUUAUCUUUGGCUAUUAUUUGCAUGUGAAUCGCGGCAAAACCUUUAAGCUGAAUCGUCUAACCGUCUGGCUAGGCUGGCUCAUCAGCCUGGGCCUGAUCUUUACCUGCCUGUUCGCGCUCUAUCCAUAUCCGGCGAACGGCAAUCAUUUGCCCAUCGUUAAUGAGGCAUUCUACGUGACGCUAACACGGAUUGCCUGGCCCCUGGCACUCGUUUGGCUGGUGUUCGCCUGCAAAUACGGCUACGGCGGUUUGGCCAACAGCUUCCUCUCCAGCCCGCUGUGGCAGCCGCUGUCGAAGCUCUCCUACGGCGCCUACAUCUGGCACAUACUCAUCGAGAUUCUCAAUGGCGGCAUCACGCGCACCAGCACCUACUUCAGCGACUAUCAAGUGAUGUUGCGCUUCUGGCAUGACUUUGGCUUUACCAUUUUGUUGGCCUAUUUCAUGUUCCUCUUGGUCGAGGCACCUUUCGGCGGCCUGGAGAUGUUAUUGUUUCCCACUCGCGCGCCCAGAAGCCAGCCUGCUCCAGCUGUCAAGAGCCCCAGAGCCGAGCCGGAGCCAGCUUGCAUUGAAAUUGCGCCUGCGCUGGAGCCCAAAACAGCGCCGAUUAAUUAGGUAGCAAGACGUUUCAUUUAAUUCCUAAGUAAGCUAAGCUCUUCGUAAUUUAUUUAGAUAUAUUUUGCAGUAUUUUAACAAUAAUCUUUAACGGUUAAUAUGAUCAAUAACACAACUAACGAAAGUCGAACUUGGCAGGGCUGCAGUGCAGCUUAUGAGUUCAGGGCUGCAAAAGCGCUUCGAAAAUGGGCCGUUAGAUUUUCAAAUGUAGUUUUAUGCUCUUAAAUGCUGUUUUACGGAUCUGAGCCGAAACGAUAUCACUUUCAUAUUCCAAUAAAAUCUGGUUUAUUGAA